GUCAUUCUACGCGACUACCACAGGUAAGGAAAUGCCUGAAUCUGUAGAUCUUUUUCUUUUCUUUUUGUUGUCUAAAACAGAAAAAUCCCGAAACAGUCAGCUCACAAAGUUGCAGGUGAAGGUGCUGCCCACCCAUGAUGCCAGCAAGGUGCGUGCAAGUGGAUCCGGCCUUAAAACCACUGGAGUGCCCAGCUCUCUGCCAGUGAAGUUCAACAUUGAUGGCAAAGAUGCAGGACCCAGACGGGAAGCCCAAGAAGCAAAUAUCUGUGACAACCAUGAUGGGACCUACCUGGUGUCUUAUGUGCCAGACAUGACUGACAGCUGCUCAGUCCAUCCAGACUCCUCUCCAUAUGCAGCAGUGAUGCCGGCUCUCUCCAAGUGAUUCCUUCAUCAUCAACAUCUGCAUCCACGAUCCACCAGCUCAACAGCAACAUCUGUCAGCUGUGCAUCCAACUGGAGGCCUUCGCCUGCUGUGCUGAGGCGCUGGGCCGCGAUUUCCGUCCCUUGUUGACGACCUGGCUGUAUCCUGUGCUGGAGAAAGCUGGUGAGGAGACGCUGCUGGUCAGCCAGGCGGCGCUGAGCUCCAUAUGGAACAUCAAUAAG